AUGUACCUUUGGUAUGAACAGGUCUAUAUUAAGUCACAUAUUGGCGAUAGUCCAAAGCUCUACAGUGCCAAGAUUCCGGCCGUAGGAUUCGGAACAUGGAAAGCAGCGCCCGGAGAAGCUGCUGCGGCAGUGAAGACAGCGUUUGAGGUUGGCUAUCGGCAUUUUGACUGUGCUCCGUUAUACGGGAACGAGCGCGAGAUCGGAGAAGUGUUUAGAACCACCCAGGUCCCUCGAAGUGAAUACUUUGUCACGACUAAACUAUGGUCCUCAGACCACCGUCGGGUAGAGCCUGCUCUCGACAAAUCGCUUGAGGAUCUCGGCCUCGACUAUGUGGAUUUAUAUCUCAUGCACUGGCCAGUAACACUGGACCCAUCUCCUAACCCCACUGAAUAUGGCAAAGAGAAUCGCAAAGUCCAUGCAACAGGCUGGGACUUCAGCGACACCUGGCGGGAGAUGGAGAAACUAUUGGAAACCGGCAAAGUGCGCGCAAUCGGGGUGGCGAAUUUCUCGACCGUGAACUUGGAAAGAUUGCUCCAGACGGCCAACGUGGUGCCGGCCGUGAACCAGACUGAGAUCCAGCCGUUGCUGCCGCAGGAUAAGCUGAACGCGUAUUGCCGGGAGAAGGGGAUUCAUCAAACUGCGUUUGGGCCGCUGGGUGGGUCUGGGAGUACGUUGCAUUCUCAUCCGGUUAUUGUGGAUAUUGCGGCUAGGAGAGGGUGUGAGACUGGGAAUGUCAUGUUGAGUUGGGGGAUUCAGAAGGGGUGGAGUAUUAUUCCCAAAAGUACGAAUCCGAAGAGGAUUCUCGCAAAUCUUGUCGGAAAUGUUCAGUUGACGGAGCAGGAGAUGGAGGUAAUGGAUUCUUUGGCUGUGCCAAAGGGAAAGAGGUUCAAUCGGCCGGAUUGGGGGGCGGUUAUAUUUCAUGAUGAUGCAGACGUGGAUCUGGAGGAGUAG